GUUGUAAAGCAAGUGAGCUGAAGCAGCGCGCAUCAAUAAAACGGCGUCACAUUUCGUUUCAAAUUCCUUUACAAGAAGUAUAAAUAAACAAUUUGCCGUAAGGCGCAAAACACAACAUGCCGAAAAUAAGUGAGGACACAAUGCGCGAGCUGGAUGACAUUCUGAAUGAGAGCAACCCAGAUGCAAAUCGUUUGACGGCGUUUCUAAAACUCAAAACCGCUCCAAAGCCAAAGGCCACGCCACAGUACGUGCUUGGCGGCUACGAUGUGUCAUUUGAUGUAGACGUCGACUUGAUCAAACUGCCAGAAAAGCAACAACAGCAGCAGGUUCAGUCAAAAGGUACACAGAGAGUGGCUAAGAAACAAGAGCUCCACGAGACAUUUAACCUACCCAUUACAGAAAAUGCGCAGCAUUUGGUGACAGAGUCACAGCCGCAACCCGAAUUUCCCAAUUCGCCGACACGCGAGAAUCUACCACCGCAGCGGCGCUCCCAUAGCGUCUCGCCUGCGCACACUCUACGCUUCCAAGCAACUCGCAGCGAAGGCGCCCUGCCCGAGCCUGAUAAAUUGCGUCGUGUGGCCUUGAACAGACGCUCCCAGUUGGGUGGCCGGCGCGAACUGCAGCAGGAGUUCGACAAUGCUGUAAAUGAGACUCGCAAGACAUCGGGCACCUUUGAUUUUCUGCCCACAGUUAGUAGCACGCCUGCUUCAGAGAAACCAGCAACCAGACAGUCGCCACAGCAACAGAAGGAUCCGCAGCAAUCGCCGCAGCAAUCGUCGCAGCGUAAGCCACAGCGGUUGCCGCAGCGUUCGCCAGUAGCAGCAGCAAUAGGUGCCGCCCUUGAGCCUCCGCCGCAACAUGACCACUUCGAAAUCAGCUUUGAGUCAAGUCUAAAGCAAAUGGACCGCAAGGCCGAGCGGCCUUCCAAGAUAACAGCAGCACGGAGACCCUCGACGAGCACAGCACAGCGUCUAGGGACACCAACUAGUGUAGGCAAUCGGGGCAUAGAAAUCAUAGAAACAGAGCCCGCGCCCUCAAGCAAAAGCCCAACCAUGGGACAGCUGGCAGCAAAGACUGCUCCGUCACCUGCGCGCACGGAUUCAUACGUAGUAAGACAGCCUCGUGUGCGUUUGAGACGCUCACCACAGCUGCAGAAAGCCAUACGCAUAGCACAGCAAAGCGACCAGAUUGUGACUGAAACACAAACCCAGGAGAAUAGGUCACAGGUGGAGUCGCUGCCACAGGCGCCUCGAGUGCGUCUGAGACGCACAUCCGAGCUGCUGGAGUCAACACGAACGUCACAGCAAGUCGAGCCGGACACGGAGCAUAUUGUGCCGGAAACACAACCAAAGGAGACGUCAGCUGCGCCGGCAACACCGCCAAGAUCAUCAGAAGCAGCUGCUGUUAGUUGUGGCAUACAAACCACUUGCAGUCCGGAUAAUAUUCGGGAUGAUACAAUGCUCGACGAGAGCGACGCUGAGAAUACGGAUAGUACAGCGCCGCUAAACUUGGCGCCACCCGGCGGCAACACAACCAGGCUGCAGCGACGGCGCAGGCAGUCAUCCUGCCAGGAGCCGACCAUGCAGCUGCUCGAUUUGCAUCGCACGCGCACAAAUCAUUUACCUAAGCAGAGCACACAGAAGACCGCACAGGUGGCACUCAAUAAGCCGCCGCGGCCGGCCAUCAACGGCGAACAGUUUGCCGAGGAACUGGCACGCAUGAGCAACUUUGAGAUACUUGAUUUGCGUAAACGCAAUUCAUUGGGCAAGAUCUAUCCGCAGAACGGGGAGCAGCAGCAGCAGCCGUCCAUCAUGGAGCAACAGCUGGCCUUGGAACAGAGCAUACAAAUGGAGAUAUUGCGGCGUAAUCUGUCUGGUCAGGGCGAAGGUUUGCCCAACAAAGUGACUACACCCAGUUUGGAGUUAAAUGCUUUGCCACCGCCAGCUGCAUCCUCUACUGGACUCAACAAAAGCGCAGCAAUGGGGCGUAGCUUAUCGAUGCAACAGUUCAAUACUUCUUCUCUUUUGAUGGAGCUGCCGCGACGCUCGCGCUCCAGACGCCGUGGCGCACCCGUGACCACUGAGCUCUUGAAUUAUUUGGAGCUCUCGCAAGCUAUUGAGAAACGCCUCAGGUCGCGCUCCAGGACGGACACUAAGCGUAGUCUUUACACCAAGGGCAACUCGGAUAUCGAGGACAAUCUGUCGCCGUUGCCGGCAAAGCAGCCAAAGCGCCUAAGCGACAGCUCCCUACAGAUCGCACCCGUACCGUCGCCACAUUCAAUCAUUGAGGAUAUACCCAUUGUGCCGCCGCCAUCAAUCUCCAUACGCUACUCGCGUCAGUCGCGCAGAUCGGUUCGCUUCAGCUCUAUCGAUGUUAACGAAGAGCCGCCAGAGGAAAAUCAGGUGCAGCUGGAGGUAAAUGCUGCACCAGAUCAAACACAAACCUCUCCAGUUGAGAUUGUCGAAGAAAUACUCAUUGUACCUUCUCCGCCAGCCCCCUUAAGAUACUCGCGUCAGUCGCGCAGCUCGGGGCGCUUCAGUUCUAUUGAUGUGAACGAAGAGCCGCCAAAGGAAACCCAGGUUCUGCAGGGGGCAGGUGCUGUCGAGGAAAUACUCAUUGUACCGUCUCCACCAGCCUCCUUAAGAUACUCGCGUCAGUCUCAGAGAUAUCUGCCGGAGCCACCAGAAGAAUUCAUGUGUUCGGAAGCGGAGGUGCAGCAAAGUCCAGAUGCAGCUACAGAAUUGGAGGAUGUACCCAUUAGGCCACCUUCUCCGGCUGCCAAACGAUGUUCGCGCAGGUCGGUGCGCCUUAAUUCUAUUGCUGUGGAUGCAGAGCUUCGGGGAGAACUCAAUUACGCGGAGGAGGAGCAGGCGGAGCAACUGACAGGAAGCUCUCAACCUAAGGUUAUUGAGGAUAUACAAAUUGUCCCGCCUGCGCCAGCCGCUAUUCGAUAUACGCGCCAGUCGCGCAGAUCUCUGCCACAGCCGUCUCAGGAGGAGCAGGAGCAGCAGCAGGAACAGGUAGAGCAAGGCACAGAUGCACAAGGCGCAGCUGCUGAGGAGGAGAAUUUAGUGUUGCCGGCACAGCUUAUCAAUAAUACAGAGGCGAGCAGCACGUGUAUGGAGGAGUUGCACAUGGAAACGCCAACACCACCAGCUGUACCAGAGGCAUCACACUUGGACCCAAUUCCGUUAGAUGAACAGCCGAGCACCAGUAGAGCUGCACGCGAUGCACUCCAGCUGUCGAUUCGCCAGGAAGAGAGCCAGAAGAGGAAUGAAUCAAAGGAUACAAGAAAACAGCAAAAGCCAAAGAAGCAAAAGAAGCCACCAGAAGAUGAUGCUCUGUUCAAGAAACCAUCUGCGCCUCCGUCCAGGAAAAAUCGAAAAAACCCAUUGGACAGCGCAUUGGAUAAGCUGCGCAUUACACUCGUCAACGAGACGUUGCCGGAGGACGCGAAUGCAACGAACGGAAACGAUGAAACAACUGGAGUUCGCAGAUCGAAGCGUGGCCAGGUUCCGCUGCGCAACACCUGGGUGCACACGGUCAGCAAUCCUUUUAAGUUUACUUUCUUUGAACGCUCGCUCUCCACCUUUCCCAAAUUCGCAAAGGAUAAGUCCAAGACGAGAUCAGCUCAGAAUCGCACCAAUUCGUUGAUUGUGAGACCGCCGCUCUGUAGCAGCACGCCGCGUGAUGACAGAGAGCCGGGAGCCACAGAAAGCAGUUCCGGGACGCUAAAGCGUAAGCGGCAUCAGCUGCAGGAGCCACUGGACGCGGGCAUAUCCCGGCUGCCCGAAAUAACCGAAGAAGAGGAUCAGCAAAUGGAGCCGGAGAGAUUAGAUGUUAGGCAAGGCAAACGCAAGGCAGCAACGAAAACGCGAGCCCGACAAAAAAAGAAUUCUCGAAUAUACUCUGACUCAGAUUCAGAAACAGAAUCAGAAGCAGAUCCAAUGCCACGCACAGAAAAAUUCUAUGCUGCAAACGAGCCAGAACCUGAGCCGAGAGCAGCGCCUGAUCUGCCUCCGGUGCCCAUACUUAAUGUGGCGCAAAACCAGCUCUUGCAAAUGACGGAUUGGCUACGUGGUGUUAGCGAUGCGGCGCCCGAAUCCACUGAGGAUGUGGCCAGCAUCGCGAGUGAAGAAGAGAACAAUUCAAUGCGCUUCACAUCGGCGGCCAACCUGGAGUUCUCGAAUUUGGACGGCGUUGAAUACAGCUUCUACGGAACGGAGGACAAGUGCGCCUUGGGCUACAUGCGCUUCCAGCCGCUGCAACAGCGUGGCAUGAAACGCAACAAGACCAAUACUUUGCGGUUUCUGGCGCUCUAUGGCGAGUUUGAAGUUGAGCUGGACAAUGGCUCGGCCGAGAUGCAGAGAUGCAUUUUGAAAACAGGCGAUUUGGUUGAGAUUAAAAUGGGCAGCCGCUUUAAUAUAACCAAUCGCUUGAAUGAGAUCAGCCUGCUGAUCGUGAAUCGCAAGUGAAUAGAUAGAUAAGCAGUUUAUGGCAUCUGAAUAUGCCACACCCACCGAUAGAUAAAACAAAAUCUGCACAUACAAUGUAUGUAUAUAUUUCUUUGUUUUUUCCUUCGACUUUUGAAUAGUUUUAAAUCUUUU